CUCACCUGCCACUGCGCGGAACACGGACAGGUCGGCUGCCUGUUUGAUUUCACCGUAGUGAAUAUUAAACCAGAACAAGUGGCACUGUCUGAGCCGCACCGUACAGCGCAAGGGCGGAGCCUGAAAAGUGUGUAAAGUUGGUCGUGAUGAAAAAUUAAAAAUAUUUACUGGUAGGCAAGACGUGACCUGAAAAGUGCAAGCCAGCGACUGCAGCUCAGCGGCACAUUUCCCUCCCCUCUCCUUCCCUGCCUGCCUGCUUGCUUAUCUACCUAUAAACCAACCAACCAGCCAGCCAGCCAGCUACCCUCACAGAAAGUGUAAUUCCGUCUCGUCCGCGGCUGAAGCCCUUGCCCGGAGUUUUCUGGGUUGAGCGCCCACCCCCCUCACACACACUUCAGCUGGGAGUUCGGGAGACUCUACUCCCUGUCCGCCAGCGCAAUGUGGGACGAACGGAUUUGGACCCUUUUCAAACGGAACUUGCUGCACACGUUGACUUACUGGAGCGUGUUCUUCAGCUUCGGGCUCUGCAUCGCCUUCCUGGGUCCCACCAUCCUGGACCUACGCUGCCAGACACAGUCAACCCUGCAGGAGAUCACCUGGGUCUUCUUUUCGCAGCAGUUCUGUCUGCUGAUCGGCAGCUCCGUCGGCGGCGUCUUCAAGCAAACGCUGUUCUGUGCCCUGUCCGCUCUCUUCGUCUCCUCCCUCCUGAUCUCGGUGGUGUUCGCCAUCAUCCCGCUGUGCCACAAUGUGCUGCUUCUGGCAGUGGCCAUGGCCGUGGCCGGGCUGGCCAUGGGCGUCAUUGACACCAUCGCCAACAUCCAGCUGGUCAAGCUGUACCAGAAAGACUCCGCCAUCUUCCUGCAGGCUCUGCAUUUCUUCAUCGGCUUUGGUGCCCUGGUGAGCCCCCUCAUUGCGGACCCCUUCCUGUCGGACACGAACUGCGUGGUGGGCAACAGCACGGAGAACAGCACGGGGAUGAUGCACCACCUGCGCAACGCGCUGGCCGGCACGCCCAUGCACAACCUGUCCCAGUACCAGCUGCCCACCGAGGGAGAGGUGGUAACGCAGGUGUCCUACGCCUUCUGGAUCAUGGCGCUGAUAAACUUGCCGGUUCCCAUUGCAGUCUUUGUGCUGAUGAACAGAGAAAGGCUGGUGCCCUGUUGUGCCAGCAGCAGCCCCCCACUGCUGGAGACGGAUGAGCUUGCCAUGGAGACACAGGGCACAGAGGGACAGACGCUAGAUACCAAGGACUCCGACGCUCCAGGCCAUGGUGACCUGUUCAGCUGCUGUCAUAGCGAGACCCUUCAAGGGGCUCCGCUCUCUUUCUUUGGAAUUCACAUCCUGGGAGGGAUGGUCCUCUUCAUGACAGACGGUAUUGUGGGGGCAUAUUCUGGAUUUGUGUACACCUACGCAGUGGCACCACCCAUGAACCUGCCACACAAGACAGCGGGGUACCUAGCCAGUGUGUUCUGGGCCGCCAUCACAGUGGGCCGACUGGUGUCCAUCCCCCUGUCCUACCGCUUCCAGCCUGUUCGCCUGCUUUUGCUGAACCUGGCUGGUGUGAUUAUCACAGUGCUCCUGCUGCUCAUCUUCUUCACCAGCAGCAUAUUCCUCUUCAUUGGUACCUGCUUACUGGGGCUGUUUCUCAGUAGCAUCUUCCCCUCCAUGCUGGCCUACACAGAGGACAUCCUUGACUACAAAGGGUGUGCCACGACAGUCCUGGUGACCAGUGCGGGGAUGGGCGAAAUGGUCCUCCAAGUGCUUGUUGGAUCGAUCAUCCACAGCGAGGGCAGCUACAGUUUCAUGCUGUGCGGGAUGAUUAUCGGCUGCCUGGCCUUCUCCCUCUUCUUCGUUCUCCUGUUCUUCCACCGCAUGCACAAGAUCUCCCUCUCAGGGCACCCAGGUAAAACGGCGAUGGUGGAGGAGCCAGGAGCAGACUGUUUGAAAUAGUGGAGUGAGAUAACCGAGGAGUGUGUGUACCAUCCACCCUGACAGCUGGAAGGCAGGAGAGAGAACAAAAGGCAACUGGAAACGUGGGAAGCCACUGGCACACCCUACACAAGGCCCACCUCCCAGGCACUGUGCAUGAGGCCUAAAUCCUACCUGAAACGGUCAGAGAAAGAAAGACACCCCUGUAUUUCACUAAUUUAUUGAAUAUUUAUUCUCUUCUUCGAUUUUCAUGGGCUUUCACCUUCACAAAAUUUAGGGCUUCAGGAUCAACGAUAGUUUUGGUUAUUUCUGCUACCGUUUAAAAUUUUGGACUUUGAAGCCGUGGCUUGAAAUAUUCAUUGUGCACAUGAUCAAAACAGAAAAACAAAUGUAUGGAUAUUAUUUCAUCUAGUAUUAUUACGAUUAAGGUACCUCAUCCUGUUUUUCCGUUUGGUCUCUCAAAGUAAUUUUUUGUACCAAUCAUCAAAUGCAGAUUAUUUUUAUAUUCAAAGCAAUUUUGAAUGCUAAGAGGAAGAUCCCUUUGGCAUUCCAUGAAUCAUAGCAUUAUUAUGUAAAAAACUUUAUAAAAUAUUCUUACCUGAAAAAAGCAAAAGGUAGCAUUGUCGUCAUUACUCUGUAGUGAUAAGUAGUUUUUCUAAGCAACCCGAGCGUGCCCAGGUGAUACCUGCUCUUUCACUGCACCGAGCCCUGUGUGGGAAAGAAGGAAGCAGAAUGAAAGAGCAACAUGGUGUUAAUGGUAACGGGCAUGAUUAGGGUCUGCUAUCAGACUUGAAGCUGAUAAACAGGGUAUGGAAGAGGAAUUAAACUUGAUCUGUGUCUAGUAGUAUCAUGUGCUGGCCUUAGUACUGUAUGUUUCAGACCAAAGUUAUUGAAAAGCAGUUGUCACAUUUUAUUAAAAAAAAAACCCAAUUGAUCA